AUGUGGAAGCACGCUGCAUUUUUGCGACUGACCCCCCUAGUCCCAGCCACUUUCGAGCAAGCCCCUUCUCCGAAGGUGGCCGGACGCGCGAGAUCGAACGCAUUCUCUCCCGUCCCGCACACCCUCACAUCGUCGUUCCUCCGCCGGGCACGCACGACAACCCCGCGCAACAAGCAAGUCGGGUUUGCCUCCACGACGCAGCGCGAGGAACACAACGGGUGGUUUACCUGCUCGCACUGUGAUUUCUUGACGCGGCGCAAGGGCGACUUUGACCGCCACGUCCGCACGCACUUCGCGCUCAGUCGCGGGCCAGAGUGGGUCUGCUGUGGGGUGCCGGAGGAGGACGCGCCAGGACACUCCGGGGAGAAGUACGAGCAUGGAGGGAGGCGAAUGAAGGCGGGAUGCUUGCGACCUGUACAUCUGUAG